GGCGAGGAGGGGCGAGCGAGCAUCGUGCGUGUGUGUGUGUGUUGUUGGUGGAUAGUAUUAGUGGAUAGCAGCAGCCGCAGCCGGUGAAAGCCUAUGGACGAGCUGACAUAGGAGUGUCUUUCAUCAUCAGAGCACAAUGUGCUGAAAUAUAAGGAGGAAUAUGUAAUAGCAGUUGGGUUCACGAAAAUUUUCGAGCUUCAGUUGGACAGAUGGGAUGGAGGAAGGAAGACACGGUCCUCCGACAAAUUAUGGUGUGGUCCGAUCACCGCAGGGACCCAUGCUUGUUUCGCGGAAGGAAGGAGAAAGGCUUAACUUUUCAAGUUCAUGGUGUCACCCUCGCUUCGGCUUACGUGACCGGCUGUUGCUGUCCUGGGUCCCGGCCCUACUUUGUCUGUCGGCUCUGCUCGCUACCACUGCGUCCGAGUCGCUUCCAACACUCGCUUAUGCGCAACAUGCGCGAAUCUCAGAAAUAUGCUCCGAAAAAUUCUAUGGCAGAGAAGGAACUCCUGUGAAAGGGUUUGAACUUGAAAAGGUUUUUGUUGCUAUGACACCUGGGGUGCGCACUCCGGUGGAGAGAGUCCAUGGGCUAGUGGAGAUGUCACAAACCAGCUCGGCUGAGUGUCGGUUCCAGGAGUUCGCACAGAGACACGCCUCUGUCAAAGUUCAGAGCUACCCAGAAACUGUCCUGUUAAAGGAGGAGAUGAAGAGCAGCUCAGCUAAGUCCGAUUUCCGGGUCUUCAAAAGGUUUACAGAGUCUCGUGGUUGCAAAACCAACAGUUUGAGCUCUUAUGGUAUAGCUCAGCUGAUACAGCUUGGAGAGUAUCUACAAAGAUGUUAUAGUGAAAAGCUUCACAGCUUUCAGUCACUGCCACUUCACAAAGAAUUUGCCGAGACGGUGGGGGAGGAAGUUUUGUUCCAGAGUCUGUCUGCGGUCCUGCACGGCUUGCUCACAGAGAAACAGUUUGUCAGGUUUGAUAUCCGUAAGUCACCGGCCAACUUUUGUAAACGAUGCAAGUCACAAGUGGGGCCGUGCAGUUGUAGAGAGCAUGAGGACCUGCACUACUUUGUGGAGCCAUCGUUUUAUCGCGAGCGCCACAUUCUAAAGGAGGGUCUAGUGCAUGUACAGAAAAGGGCGUUUCUCAAGCAACACCAGAACAUUCCAGUCAAAGAAAUUAUUUCUCAUAUAUCCAGGGUUGCUUGUGGAGAUGAAAACGGUAUUCGUGGAGCAAUUCAAGUACCUCUAAGAGAAAUCGAUAAUUUAUUUGAUUUAUCUGAUUCAUUCAAUUCAUAUAUCUCGUCUCAGCCGUUAUUCAGAUCGUAUGCCCAGGCUCGUAUGCGCCCGUUGUGGGAGGUUGUUGAAGCAUGGUUACAUCCCACACAUGCUCCAGACAAUGUGUCUGUUGAAGGAAAAAUUGAUGAUUUCAAGAUUGUUUCGGUGGAUGAGUUGAUGAUGCUGAGUUUCCUGGCUUCGAUGAGUAAAACUCUGGACAGGCACAUGGCUCCAGCGUCGAGGUUUGUGGUAGAAAUGUUUGAGCUGAAAAGUUCUCAACAUCUUCCUCAUCAACCAAUUUACCAGUUGUCCAAGGUAGAUGAUGUCUCUUUGAACAGUACAAGUUUAGAAGCCGGCUUGCAGUAUAAUGACAGUGAGACAGGUCUUCAUUUCAAGAGCUCUUCUUUGAUGAAGGAAAGGAGUGACAGUAAGGAGUCGAACGUCUCUCUGUCGGCGUCGACAACAGCUGAGAAGCUGGGAGUGACCAGGCACAUGUUGUCUAAUCGGCACCGACAGAGGUACGUGCGAGUGUUGUAUAACGGUGAUGUCAUCACCCAGGCCCUGCCGGCGUGUGCAGAUGACCAGAUGGUUAGUCUGGGCCUCUGCUCCAUCAACACCUUUCUCAGUGGCCUUCGAAGCUCGGAGAGUGGCUCAAGGGAUGAACUCUAAAGUUCAGCUUUGGCCGUUUCUUUCUGCUUAAACAUGAAAAUCAUCUCUGAAUCUCCUUCCUGCCCCCAUACGGAUAUCAUUAUAAAUAUUUUGUAAUAAUGUCUGUUUCUAUUUUGUUACGCAGUUUUGAGCAAUCAUCAAAUUUGUAAUUUUCCCUGUUUUAUUUCAAAUGUUCCCAAAGGAGUCUUAGAGGGUAACAUUAUUUUCACUGAAAAGAAAGUGGGUCCCUUUGUUUGUACUGUUGCCUUGCGUUGAGUUUCCUGGUUUCUUCGUUGCUCCUAAUGAAGGCUUUCCUCAAUAGAUCUUUUGGUAUAUUUUCCCAUGUUAGGUAUUUUUUAGAUAUUUAUGAGACAGUCCCCCAUGAGUCUUUUGAUACAGUAAAGAGUUCGAAAUAAGCGAACUUUGUAAGAAUUGUCUUUCAAUUGAUAUCCUCUUUUUCAUUUAAUGACGUACCGUCUCCAUAUUAUGAUAACUUAUUUCAGCUGCAGAAUGCUGCGGUUUCCUCUAUGAAUAUAUGUAUCAUAAAGAAGCUUUGAUCCUAGAUAACUUAAAAGGCAACUUGAACAACAGGACUGCUUUUUAAAAUUUGUUUCUGUUUUUAAUUGUUUUUUUUUGGUGGGGUUUCAGAUUGAAUCAAGAGAGUAGUACCUCUCUUUUGGUUUCUGUUUUGAUGGGGAUAUAGCUUGAUCUACUUAAUUCUGAUUUCUUUAGCCUUCAAAAAGGUCAAAUUACAGUAGAAACUGGUUUUGUUCUUGUUACGGAUAUAUAUAGAGAUUUUUCAUGUGAGAAUUGGGAAAGUUUGUCGACUGAAAAAUUUAGGAUUUAUUCCUUUAUCUCUAAUUUGAGCUGUACUGAAUCAUGCUAUGAUGUACUUUAGGUACUGUACUUUAAGUCAGAGUAGCUUGCUUGUGAUGUGAACACUACCACAGUAUGAUUCAGAAGUGCUUAUUCACAGGAUAUUUAAACUUGUCUGGAUUUUGUCUGAUUUCUAAGGAUACAAGAUAUAUUUUGACCAUAUCAUCAGUAAAUUCUGAGUCCCCCUGCCCGCGUUUUCUCACGGUUUAGGAUUAAAAUUUUUUUUUAAUGACCUUUUGGCGCUUCUCUGUUUUAGAUGAUUCUGGACACGUGCACUGAAGGGAAGGAUUUAUGAAAACAGUUUAAAAAAGAAAUUAGUAGACAAAUGAAUGAGAUGUUGGCCUACCACUCAUCUUUUCUGCAGCUUGGUAGUGAAGUACAAUGUGCUUUUUUCUGUGUUGUUCUAUAUAUCCCAGCUGUUCCACUGGGUAAAAGCCAAAAGUGCUGCUGUCCCAGUAUUGACUUUGCACAUUGUAGAAGAUAAGCAGAGUUCCUCUUAUUAUGAGGAAUAAUCAUAUUAUCAUCAUCACUGGUUUUUGUUUGUCCAGCUAACCAUUAAUAAUAUAAUUGUUGAGAAAUUGUCAUAUCAUCUUUAUAUGCAGUUUUCCCCUUUGCUAAGCGUUAUAAAUUAGGAAAAACGUAUGGAGGAUUGAACAAUUCUUAAAUGACAAAUGUGGCUUUUGUUUGUUAACUGCCGUUUAUGAAAUUAUUGACUGAAGUAUGGAGUUUGUGAAGAUCUUGUGCAGCAUUUAAAAAAAAAAUCUUGACAGUGUGAACAGCUGAUCUGAUCUCAUGUGAUGUUAUUGAUGCCUAUAACGUAGGCGAUGUGUUUCUGAUGUAUGCAAUUCCAAAGAAUAUUGAUAUUAGCCUGUGGUCAUCCAUGAUGCUUUUCGUCAUGAGAUGUGGCACAAGCAUUAUGCAGCAAUCAUCAAGUGUUGGAGGAAUCCAGAUGUGUUUUGAUUCUUUUUAAAGUUAUUUAAGAUUUUUGUGCUUUUUAAAACAAUUUUUGUUCUCCUUGUGUGUGCGUGUUGUUGUAUUGGAGAGGAGGUACAAACGUACAAUUGCAAGUUGUGGCUUCUUUGAGGACUUGAUUGGUUUCUCGAGAGCAGUUUGCUUAUCCUGCUUCUUGUUCGGUGCCAAAGUUUCUGGCUCUGCUUUCUUAGUUCAUCUCAUCCACAACCUUUUGAUACAGAUACCAUUGCUUUACCCAGAUCCACUUCCACGUAACUGAGACACAUGGCGAAAUCGAUCUGGUACAGGUGAACUCAUUUGUUCAUCAACAGAGUGGCUUAUGAGAGCAGCCGUCUAAAGUUGAGAAGCAAAACUUAAUAACGUCUUGUUUUUUUAAAAAUCUUUGAGGCUGAUUGAAAAGUUGCUAUUUCUGUGUUGAAAAUGGAAAAAAGUAACUUUUUAUGUUGGGGGGGAGUGUGUGUGUGUUUGGAGUGACAGUUGUACAUCUUUUGUUUUUUUGUCACUCAAGCAUUUUUUUCUGUUAUAUGGCCUAUUUUUGUUGCAAGUGCCGUAAAACUCACUAAAAGCUAAAAAUUACUAGCUGUUACUAUUUUUCUUCAGCGCUUGCUGAGUGUUGCUCUGUUGAGGUAGUUGUUUUCCCCUAAAUGAUAAAUCAUCAAUGUAAUGAAAUAAGCAGAAAGUACAGGAUGGGAAAAGUCUGUUUAUCACCUUGGGAACAAAAUGGCUCCUGUCAGGGAAAUGUUGAUGAUGUACACGCGUGCCUUGGAAAUUUCCUGAACAUCACGUUGUUUGUGCCCUUUUGUCCUUGAGAGAAAAUGUCAAACAGAGUGCACAUGUGCAUGUCAUAUGGUAAUGUCUUUUCUUUCCUCUUUGCUUUUCUCGUUCGCAUAUCAACAUUUGUGGUAAAUGUCUGGGCAGGGGAGGCAAUGAAGGUCAUAAACACCCACCUUCUGCCGUGGCUUGGGAACUUGGAGCUUACAGGUGGUACUUAUAACCCUGUUAUAAGUGAGCCAGCCAUGUUGUAUAAUACCAUCAGUUUACAGGUAGUGAUGAACUUUGUUCAUUAGUCUUUCACUACAUCUCUUGUGUUUUUAACGUAGUUUUCUCUUCACAUCUGUAUUAAAGUCGUAUUAAUUUAGAUAUUCAGAACCUCCUUUAAAUUAUCGAGAUUGAGUAAUUUUUUUUCCCACGGGGGUAAAUAUGUGACAUGGUAAGGAAAUCAGUUGCUCGUCAAAAUAAUGAAAUGGAAGAAACCAAUAUUUUUCAGCUCAUUUGGCAAUUUUCAUAAUUUUUUGUUUUGUUUUGGGGUCAACACCUUGUAUGUCUGCUUUAAAAAUGCAUUAAUUCUUGCAUAGAAUUUACUGAAAAACUUUGAUUAAAUACACACCUUUGGAAGUUACGAAACUUGGGUGACUAUUUUCUCGCUUAUUUUAUCUCUGACACCAGAUGACCCCUACCUCCUUCAAUUGCAAAUAUAUAUCUACUUCUAUUCACGAGUGGGUUUUUAUGAAAAAUUGUCUUUUCUUCAAAGCAAGGCAAAAGAAUAGGCCUUAAGAUUAUAAAUCUAUAUAUCCAAAAAUUGAUGAGCGCCUUAUUUCACCUUUCUGUGACAGAUGUUUGUAAUUUCCUGCUUCUUGGCCUGUCUAGAGUCAGUUCUGGGUUUCAGUUGUUGCGCAAUACUGGUUUCCUCUUUUCUCUUCUUUACAAUUUUUAUUGUAAGUGACAUUUCCACAACACUUCUCCGUUUCCUCCCCAAAAAGCAGUAUGGCCUUUCUUCCUUUCAUCUGAUUUGAAGUAUCGCUUGCAAGCAUUCAUUUGCUGCAACUUCUCUUCUCUUUUCUAUCCAGUACAUGUCCUUUUUUCCCCCUUUGGAUGUGAAAUCUUAUUUCUGAUUCAUUUGAUGUUUUGUGCUUUCUUUAAAGUUUAAAGUAUGCAGUUAUUUUGUGUAUUUGUUAUUUUGCUAAACUGAUCUUCUAGUCAGGUUGCCUCUUUUUGAUGAUAAUUAAUCUGUCUUUGGAGUGGAAAAAGCAAGUCAUUUCAAUUUUAUGUUACAUUCCUUGGUAUGUUUCCACAGGAGACUUCAUAUUAAUGGUGGGUCAAGUUGGAUGAGAAAACUGGUAAGAUGCUUGUAUAUUAAAUAAACACGAGUUUUUAUGCGAUUAAGCAGAGAAACGACUCGUUGCCACAUAGAAGCUUUGAAUUUUCAAAGUUUUGUAGAUACACAAAUAGUUAUUCACAGACUUGCUUAUAUGGGUUUCUCCUGCUCACCAUGUUGGUUGUUGGUGUGAAGGGCACCACCUCACAAAGGACAGCUCCGCUGGUGCUAGGAGAGCGCCACCAAUAUGCCCUAUUUCCUUUUGCUUCUUUUUGUCUUUUUUUUGCGUGUUCGUUUUUCUUUUUCCAGCGCUAACUAUGGCUACUUUCUUCUUGUUGAUGGGCUUCUUUUGUUUGAACUCAAGCAGGAGGAGUUUCUUCCUGGUGAUCAUCUUCCUUAAUGUGUAGCUGUCCUGAUUAAGUCAGCGGGCCAUGGUGCUGUAGGUUUUAGACAUGAAAGGAUUGUCUGCCGCACAGGAAGUUAAAGGUUAAUUUAGAGUUUGUGUGGGUUCCGAAUUAUUUUUCACUUUCGCGCUAGAAUAUAUCCUUUCAGCCUAAUGAGCAUGAUCGAAUGUUCCAUCUUCAAAAUGUUGUGCAUUUUGUCUCUUGAGGAUCUAUCUCUUCACAACUAUACCAACAUAUAAAAAAAGCUGGCGUGGAAAUAUAAUUCAAGUGGGAGGGGCAGUAUUUUACCGCUUUUCAACUGGAAUACUCAGCAAAUUUCCUUUCUUUUUGGAGAGAUAGAUUUGAAAUGCAUAUAUAUAAUCAACAGGGAAACUUGGAACUUGCUGUAAAACUUUUGGUUCCGAGUUCGUAUAAAGCGUUGGGUCAUUUGCUGCGCCUACAAUCAUAAAUCAAACAAGCAUUUCUGUCAAUUGUGUAUCAUGUGUAUAUUAUACAAAUGUUAAUUUAUUGUCUCAACUUAAGCAGAAAAUGAUGUGACAGCCUUUUGUUGCUUAGGUGGCAUUGUGUUUGUAGAUUGUACAACCCUUAAAGUUUUUGUAUGUACAGAAAUGUGUUCUUAGCUGUUGCAGUUUCUCGGAGACAACAGUAGCACAGCUUGUGCGUUUAUUUUUUACAGCAAUCUUACUUUUAGUGUUUAGCCUGUUAACUGGAUUUUCAGGAACUGCCAAUUUUCGCACAACUGGGCAUAUUCUUUUUUUAUAUUAGAUAAGUCUUUGUACAAACUGGUCCAGAUAUUUUCUCCAUGUACAUGUAGUGAUUGAAUCUCAGCUUGACUUUCGAAAUUUGCUUGCUAAUCACUGUUGGAAAAGUAACUUUACUUAAAGCGUUCUUCCUGCUGCAGGCAGAGGUGCAGUUUUUUUGUUUAAAAAAAAAGAAUUUGAACUAAUAUUUUAUUUUUUAAAUGUCGUAUUUAGACUAGACAUCUCCAGGUUCUCUCAUUAGCCUGUUAAUUCUUUUUGUACAUGUAAUGUAAUGACUGUUUUCUUCCAUUGCCAUAUUCCCCGUAUGUCAGAUGUGCUAAGGUUUAAAAUCGUUGUAAGGAGCAACAUUUUACCCAUAGAGCUUUCACUACCUUAUCACAUCGUGUUCUUCAAAUUGGGGAAAUAAUAUGUGGCUGUUAUUUACUGAACUGAUUUCUACACACUGAUUCACGCUGCGGUAACAUCUCAAGAGUUGUUUAAAAAAUGUUACUCAACAUGUCUCAUAUUUUUUAUCUUUUGUUUUCCCAUUAGACCAUUUGAUUGGUCAACUUGUUUAAAAAAAAAAAAGAACUAUGUUUCUGAUUCUUUUCUGUUCAUAUAAAAUUCAUUGUUUUCAAUUUUUGUUGAACUUCUUUCAUUGAUUAUUCAGCAGAUCAUUUCUGACAUGGAUCUUUUAUCUUUUGUUGCUUCAUUUAUACAGUAUCGGGGAUGUGUUAUCUCAAACUUUAAUCUCAGCAUAGUCGAAGAAUCUCAGCUGGACAUGCCAAGAGGGGUUGUUUUGUUUAUGCCAUGGAUCUGGUUUUCCCUAUGGUAAUGGCAUGCAGUUUUUUUUCCUUGUGGGGAGUUUCCCAAACUGUUCUCCAAAUUGGGUUUAUUUUUGUGAUGGGUGGUGUGGUAAUUAGUGGACAUGGCGUUUUGGGAGCCCUUAUUGUGUUUAAAAGAUGCACACAAAAAUUCUGAAACUGAUGGCUGUGGUAUCAUUUUUUAGCUCUUUACCACGUGUGCAUGAGAGAGUCUUUAAUUCUCACUUUGAGUAGGAAGAAACAGUAUUGAGCUCCUCUGUCAUUCUACUCUUUCCGCUGGGGUGCGGCAUUCCUCUCCCGCUCGACCAGGGUCAUCCCUGACCGGCAGUCGGUGUCAAAGUUGUCUUCCCUUUAGAUGACACUAAUUCUGUUGAUGAGAGAGAAGAACACUUUGAUCCAUGGCACAACUCUAAUCAAAGAAGGGAAAGCAAGUAGUACCGUAGUUUUGGAGAGCACUACCUGUACUCCUGAAGUUGUUGCUGUUGUUAUGGCAUAUUUCAUCAUUAUUAGCUUAUUGUUUGUCUGCUGUUCAGAUGUGCCAAGUCCAAAUGUUAGAAAAAGGGUUUUGAACUGCCGUUUCUUAAUUUGUAGUAUUGGUUGCACACGCCCAAGAGAAGUUUUUAAAAUCAAAUUUCAAAUUCUAGAUGCAUUAUAAUAAUGUAGGUACAAUUUUUAAAAAGAAUGAAACUGUUUUCUUUCUCCUGAAAAAUUUAGCUUUUCGGGCUUAUAACAUUUUUGCAAGAGCUUGCUGGCUGGUGUUAUGGUGGUAUGUUCUCUGCAUGCCAUUUAACAAGAGGGAAAGGAAUCUUCUUGUGAACUCUUCUGUUGAAGAUAAUCAUUUGUAAGUCAUGCAUAUUAUUUUAGUAAGUAAUUUAUUUCAUUUAGUUUUUGUGGUCAUUGACUUUUGUGUUUGAAUUUCUUGUUAUGUUUGUUUCAUUUUUUGUUUGAAUUUCUUGUUAUGUUUGUUUCAUUUUUUGUUUUGUUUCUUUCAUCUGCUGUUUCUUGUUGAGCCCUUCCCAUGUGUUAGCCUCCAUCUGAUGUACUAUUGUACUUCAGGGAGGUGAUGGUAGUUUUGCAUGCAUUUAUUCAUAUCAAGGUCCUUGGCUUGUGCUUUAUCAUGCCCUGGAAAUGAUUCAUAUUAUGUGUUUUAUAAUGUUGAUGCUCAAAUCGUUGCUAGAAGCAGCAUUUGUUAUUUUGUACAAAGUUGUGCCAUAGCGGAAGUCUAUGUAGUCAUUUUAUUGAUAGUUGUGUCUGAAGAGAUGAUACUAUGUAGCCUACUGGUGUGUUUGUGUAGAAUUGACUUAUUUUAAUUUU